CUGUAUGGCAACGUUGUAGGCAUUCGAUCCGAGCAUUCCGGGCUGGUUGGACAUUACAGCAGUUUCCCUGCCGUUACCCCUCAGAUUAAAUUUAUUUUCAAUCCAGGGAGCUCUUAUAAACGCCCAAAAAGCGGCUCAUAUCGCCAAUCCUUUCAUCUCCUCAAAGUUAUCGUCCUAAUAUCGCAUGUCCUCUAUUCAGAACCUCCAAUCUUUCGAUCCCUUUGCUGAUGCAACCAAGGGUGACGACUUACUCCCGGCAGGGACCGAAGAUAAAAUCCACAUCAGGAUUCAGCAGCGGAACGGCCGAAAAACGCUUACCACUGUCCAGGGCAUCGCCAAUGAUUACGACAAGAAGAAACUGGUGAAGGCCUUCAAAAAGAAAUUUGCCUGCAAUGGCACUGUGAUCGAGCACCCUGAGUACGGGGAGGUCAUCCAGCUGCAGGGAGACCAGAGGAAAAACAUCUGCACAUUCCUCAUGGAGAUUAACAUUGUGAAGGAGGAGCAGCUGAAGGUCCACGGGUUCUAGAGUGAUGCCAUGGGCCUCAGGACCCAGGGCUGUGCCACUGUUACUACCGUUCUCCCCCUCCCCUCCCCUCCCCUCCCCAGGCUUUCACACUGACAAUGCGUUGACAACUUAAGUUUAGCAACAUGUCUGAUGCACUCCUCUGAACGGCAAUAAAAGUGCAAUGGCAUUGUGUUUUAAUGCAAAAAAACAACAACUCCGAUCUCUUUGGCUCUCGUUACCCCAGCCCCUCCUCUCUCCUCCACUAUGAGCUGACAUAGGAGAGGGGAUGGGGGCUUGGGUAUGGUGCUGCUCUGCAAUUGCUCCACCAUGGUGGCUUGAAACCAUAGUCAUUUUUCAUAGCUAAUUUAGGUGUUAUUAAGUCACUGACCAUCCACAGCGGUUGGGGUGAAGUCUUUUAAUUUAUGACAGCUCAUCGUUCAAGGCAAAUGUUGCUGCUGUGCAUAUUGACAGAAUUGUCAAACAGAUAAUAUAGAUGUAAAGCCAGGCAUUUUUAGGAGGAUGAAAAGACACUUUUAUUUUGUAGGUUAAUGUGAUUUUAUUUGGCUUUUCACUGAGCUAAUGUAGGCAAUUGGAAACCAGUGGGCGUAAUGACUCCUCUUAACUAUGCCAUUCAGUAUACCAUAGAAGUGAGUACACCCCUGUCCAAUUUCACUUCAAUGUCAAAUGCUACAGUAGGGUAUUUGCUCUAAUGUAAAACCAAAAAUGUACAGUUUAGAUUUACUAUAUUAAAAUACAGGCCCCACAGUAGGAACUAAAUUUAACAAAAGUCAGUACACCUUUAACUUUUUUCGGAAUUCAGAUUUUUUUUAAUUUUUUUUUAAAUACUACCACAGUGAAUGCAUAGUCUCGACAGUGAAGCACGGAUGUCAAAGUGUGAUAUGGGUCUGCGUCAGUACAAAAGGCAUUCUGGAGAUAGCAUUUAUAGAUGCCACCAUGUAUGCCGGUGGAUAUGUCAAAGUACUUGCUGACUCCCAGUCUCCAGCAGCUUGGCAGAAGAGGAAUAUUUCAGCAUGAUAAUGACCCAAAGCACACUGCUAAAAUCACAGUCCAGACUUGAAUCCCAUAGAACACCUUUGGGGUAUUUUAAAGAGAAAGGUAGAGCAACACAACCCCCCCAGCAAAGAGCAGCUGAAAAUGGUCUCUGACGAAUGGCAGAGCUUCUCUCCAGACAUGUGUGCAACGCUUCUAUGCUGAGGAGAAUUGGACGGACUGCGGAGCCUGUAUUUUGAGUAUAAUAAAUCUAAAUCUCGUUUUUUUAUUUGACCUAAGAGCAAAAUGCCCUACUGUUCAACUUAAAAGUAAUGUGGUUACUGUAAGGUGAUCGUCGUGAAUCAUUUCUCAUUUAAGUGACAUUGCACAGGGUUGUACUCGCUUCUGUUUACUGUAUAAGGUGCAUCAUAUUUUGCUGGCUGCUUUUUUUAUUCCAUUAUUGACAUUGAGUACAACCAGAGACCUCUUGGAAAUGCUUGAUCAUAUGUGUUUGUCUCUCUUUGUGUCUCUCUCUUUUCUCUCUGGACUGUCUGCGCUUGUUUGUUAACACUGAGGCUAUGUUCAUCAUUGAGCAGAGGUCACAGGGUCAUUAGAUGAAGCUAAAGGUCAGCCUGGGCCCAAGAGAAAGUGAGGGAGAGCUUCCAGAGAUUCCAGAGAACUAGUGCAUGCUGGGCUCCACGUAACAUCAGUGAGUUUUUGUAGGAUCAGAGGUAGUGGAGACGCAGACUUAACCAUGGCUGUUCACGUCACAUCCUGAGCAGAAAGACAAACCAUCACUUACGAGUAAAUUGGUUGGGCGGAGCAGUGGUCGAAAAAGUACUGUAUUUUGCAAGCCUCUUAUUCAAAGCCCAUGUGUGCGCGUGUGUGGAUGGAAAAACACAUGAGAACACUGCUCUUUCCUGUCCGGAGAACAAUGCAAUAAUUGUUAUCAUCACAUGGACCAAAUUGUGCAAUAGUGUUGCCAUUGUGGUCGUGACAGUGCAGUCGUGCAAUAAGUAUGACUGAUUCCUUGCAAAAAGAAACACUUCUCUAGUGAUGAAAAUGAUCCAGCUGCCUCAAUUCAAAUGGAGGGUGAUAUUUUUUUAGGUUAUGUCUGAGUUGAUGGUGACAUUCCAGGGGAAGUAUCAGGGCAUUCCAGAACCUUGCUGACCUUCAUGUUGUGCCUAAUCUGCAUCAGUCAGCCAUGUCAACUUCUCCGGUGGUUAGAUUCUUUCUGAGGACUGUUACAUAAGAGUAAAAGCAGUGGAAGUUUCAUAUUGUCCAAAUGUCAAUAUUUUCAGGUCAUAAUUUGUAUUGGCCCUCUUUAUCUCAUUUAUGCAGUGAAACACUGUCUAUGAACCAAAUUAGAAGAUUCUGCUUCAGGUUUUUGUGGUAUUUUUACCUUGCAUGCUUACAUUCUACUCUUUAAGCCUAGCAAUAACUUGGAUUAUGUUCAAACACCCGUGACAGUUUCUCUCUCAGACAGUAGUUGCUAAACUUUUGUGUCAUGCUUUGUUUUAUGACUUUCAAAUGACAACAUGAUCAAUGUGAUAUUCCUCCUUUGACCUUUUUUUGAAGUGCAUGAGAAUACAUUUUGUUUUUUUUGUUAAUGAUACAGCAGUUUAAUACUCGAGCAUCAUGUUGUUAAACUAUGUGCUGAAUAAAAUAAAACAGGUAACUGAA